AUGUAUCGUUCGGAUGACGUCUAUAAUCGGUGUCCGCCGAUGGAGGCGACAAAUGUCAACUACGAAGAGGACAAAUCGUCACCACCAUCAUUUGUCCCCAGGAAGUCCGACCCUGGAAUAGACGUCGAAUUAGCGGGUCCACACCAUAAGCCCAACGAGCCGAAACCACAAAACUCAGCCGGCGAGGGCGCCCGAGUGCUGAUGCGGUUUCAAGCACCGAACCAGCCCGAGGUUGCUGCGACCGCAAGGGCUUCUGCUCUUGAGCCAUUGCCUGGCAAGAAACAAAAGUCACCGCCUGACCUCGGUACUAGUAAUGUGAGAAAGUCACCUCCAUUUUCAACUAUUUCUCCGGGGCAUCGGCCAAAGGAACGGGAGGCAAUCCCAGCCUCAGAAAAUGAGAAGAUCGAGACGAUACCUUCCCGAUUGACGUCUAUAUUAGCACCAAUACAGAGCUAUAUCAAGAUGGAGCUGCCGCCAACGAGAAUCCACGAUCAAGCGUUCAGUAACGCAAGCUAUAAAGUUUCAGCUUGCUUCCAUAAUUCCAACGAAACCUUCUCGGAACUCAAGUCUCGACGCACCUUGCCCUCACUACAAUUUAUUCAACCACCCCCUGGAACCAUCCUUGCGAAAUACCCACAGAGCAACGGCAACAGCCAGCCCCUACCGUCUAUUUGCGAAGCCCUCAGCGUAUUGUCAGAUUUCGGCCCGCCGCCAGUCAAUACAAUCUCAUCACCCUAUCCUUUGUCCUCAUGCCCCGAAUCAACAACUUCAGGGAACAGCUCCUCAUUUGACCGGCCGUACCCGGGGAAAUGCUCUAUUCCCGCAAGUCCUUACUCUCAGAUCUCCGCGUUGAAUAUGAAGGAUGCCUCCACCAAUUCUCCUCUAGCCUCGCGGACGUCUUUCUGGCGUGGACACCCCCGGUUUGAUAUGAUGCCAGUCCGAAACCAGCACAAGGCUCCCCCGGGGUCUGUCAAAAUCCCAGCCACCGGUUAUUCGAUGCGCACGGAACACGCUGGCGCCAGCAUGGGAGACCAUGUCUCGCUUGCUUUGUCCACUUCACAAGCUAACGAGAGAUCCGUGGGUAAUCACCAGUGCACGAUUCCCGGGUGUGCUGCUGAGCCAUUCAGAACUCAGUAUCUGCUCAAAGUGCACUCCCAAGACCGCCCGUACUUCUGUCCAGUAGGUGGAUGUCCGCGCGCCCACGGCGGAAAAGGCUUCAAACGCAAAAACGAAAUGGUGCGCCACGGCCUCGUCAACAGCUCCCCGGGCUACGCCUGCCCUUUCUGUCCGGACCAGCAAUACAAAUACCCGCGACCCGACAAUCUUCAAUGGUUAGUACACUUCCGAGCCUCCUACAUGUCCAUGCGCAUCACGUCGACAAGAACCGAGACGACCCCGUUCUCCGACAGAUCCUCGCACAAAGGCCCAUAGACAGGCCCAUAGACAGGCGCCGCGGAAGAAAACGAAGGAUGAACAAUACAUGAC